AUGGAUGGUAUCAUGACCAACGGUUCGUCGGAGGCGCACCCUCCCAUGCCUCCUCCGGAGCCCAUCGAACGCCCUCCUACUCCCCCGCCACCUCCUCCAGAGGAUUCCGGCCUCCCUCCGCCGCCGCCAGACACGUCCGCGCCUCCUCCACCGCCGGAAGAUCUUCCACCUGCGCCGCCGCCGGAGACUGAGCCCAAGAAGAAGAAGGUCGGAUGGGGCACAAAACGGCCUGCCCCUACACCGCUGAGUGUGGAGGAACUCGUACGGAAGAAGCGAGAAGCUGAUGCCGCAGCAGCAAAGCCAAAAUUCCUCUCCAAGAAGGAACGUGAGAAGCUCGCACUAGAGAAACGGGCUCAAGAAGUCGCAGCAACCCGCAGACUAAAAUCCGAGGCGUCUAAUGGCGUCGACAGAAGUGCUACGCACUCGCCCUCGAUCAGCUCCGAGGGCCCCAACGGCGAUGCUAGAUCCAUACCCACUGGCCCUCGAGCCAUGCGCAACUCAGACUCUGCUCCAACUGCCCCGGCAGCCAUGCGCCAUUCACAGUCCCAUAACAAGAACUACGACCUCGCGCCGCCACCACCUCCCAAAUCCAUGUCCUUCGGUCUGACAAGCGGAAAGGGCGACAGCCGGUUCGUGGACGAAGACGAGGCCGCAGCGCAAGCAGCCCUCGUGAAGCAACGAUACAUGGGUGCCGAUCAGACCUCCAACUUCUCCGCCAAGAAGAAGCGCAAGAGGACAACAGACCGGAAAUUCAACUUCGAAUGGAACGCCGAAGAAGACACCAGUGGCGAUUACAACCCGCUAUACCAGCACCGACACGAGACCAACUUCUUCGGCCGUGGCCGUCUGGCCGGCUUCGGCGACGACGUCGCAGAAUCCGUUGCCCACAAAUACGCCCGCGCCCUAGAAGACCGUGACCGCGAAGCAGGCAGCAUCCGCGCUAGAGAAAUCCUCGAAAUGGAGCGCCGCCGCCGAGAAGAAAGCACGCGCAACCAGCUCGACAAGCACUGGAGCGAGAAGAAACUCGAACACAUGCGCGAGCGCGACUGGCGUAUCUUCAAGGAAGACUUCAACAUCAGCACCAAGGGCGGCAGCGUCCCCAACCCCAUGCGCUCCUGGGAAGAAUCCAACCUCCCCAAGCGCCUCAUGGAACUCAUCUCCCGCGUCGGCUACAAAGAACCCACGCCCAUCCAACGCGCCGCCAUCCCCAUCGCCAUGCAAAACCGCGACCUAAUCGGUGUCGCCGUCACUGGUUCCGGUAAAACCGCCGCCUUCCUCCUCCCCCUCCUCUGCUACAUCGCCGAACUCCCGCGAAUCGACGAAUUCGAAUGGCGCAAAGCCGACGGCCCCUACGCCAUUGUGCUCGCACCGACCCGCGAACUGGCGCAACAAAUCGAAAUCGAAGCCAAAAAAUUCACCGGCCCCCUGGGCUUCAACGUCGUCAGUAUCGUCGGAGGUCACUCCCUCGAAGAACAAGCCUACAGUCUCCGCGACGGCGCCGAAAUCAUCAUCGCCACCCCCGGCCGUCUCGUCGACUGCAUCGAACGCCGCAUGCUCGUCCUCAGCCAAUGCUGCUACGUAAUCAUGGACGAAGCAGACCGCAUGAUCGACCUAGGCUUCGAAGAACCCGUCAACAAAAUCCUCGACGCCCUCCCAGUCUCCAACGAAAAACCGGACUCGGAAGACGCCGAAAACCCCCUCGCCAUGUCCCGCCACAUCAACCAAGACCAUCACCGCUACCGCCAAACAAUGAUGUACACCGCGACCAUGCCCACAGCCGUCGAACGCAUCGCGCGAAAAUACCUCCGCCGCCCCGCCAUCGUGACCAUCGGCUCCGCCGGCGAAGCCGUCGACACCGUGGAGCAGCGCGUGGAAAUGAUCGCCGGCGAAGACAAGCGCAAGAAACGUCUCGGGGACAUCUUAUCAUCCGGCGAAUUCCGCGCCCCGAUCAUCGUCUUCGUCAACAUCAAGCGGAACUGCGACGCCAUCGCGCGCGAAAUCAAGCAGUGGGGAUUCUCCUCCGUUACAUUACACGGUAGUAAAACCCAAGACCAGCGUGAAGCUGCCCUCGCAUCCGUUCGGAAUGGAAGUACCGAUGUCCUCGUCGCGACGGAUCUGGCGGGUCGUGGUAUCGAUGUGCCGGAUGUUAGUCUCGUCGUGAACUUUAAUAUGGCCACGAGUAUCGAGAGCUAUACCCAUCGUAUUGGUCGAACGGGUCGUGCGGGCAAGAGUGGUGUUGCUAUUACGUUCUUGGGUAAUGAGGAUGCCGAUGUUAUGUACGAUCUUAAGCAAAUGCUCAUCAAGUCGCCCAUUUCGAGGGUUCCGGAGGAAUUGCGGAAACAUGAGGCUGCGCAGUCGAAACCGACGAGGGGAUUCUCGUCGAAGAAGAAUAAUGAGGAGGGUGGCAGUGGUGGGAAGUCGGGGUGGUAG